UUGAGAGCGGGGCCCCACACGCUGCCGCGCAUCGGGACCAUGCAGACCACCACCUCCAGGACGCUCCGCGGGGCGCCGCUCUGCGCGCUGCUGCUGCUGCUCUCCGCAGCCUCCGCAGCCCGAGGGAUGGAGCUGGAGUCCGGGGAGGAGCUGAGCCCCAGGGCCCUGCGGGACUUCUACCCCAAAGGUCCCAACCUGACGAGUGAGAAGCAGCUGCUCGGAGCUCUCCACGAAGUUCUGGAGAAGCUGCAAGCAAAACGACUCCCUUCGUGGGAAAAGAAAUUCGGCCAAGUCCCCACGUGUGACGUCGGGGAGCAGUGCGCCGUGAGGAAGGGCGCUCGCAUCGGGAAGAUGUGCGACUGUCCCCGCGGAGCUUUCUGCAACUUCUUCCUGCUGAAGUGCUUAUGAGCCCGGCCGGAAGUGAAUGUCGCGCCGAGAGGGGGAGGAAGAGGGAGAAGACGAAGAAAAGCAUCGAUUCCUUUGUGAUUGCUGUGAUAUUUUGUAUGAUUGAGCCGAGCAGCCGGUUUGGGGACCGACCCUUCGUUCUAUGAUUUAACAAAAGUACAUUAAACCACAUGACAGAGAUCUGAGGAUAUUGAUCCAUGGAGUUAAACAUCAACCACUCGUUUUAGUGACGUAACGUUAGUAGGAGCUUAUUAAUAACCCACAAUGCACCGUGAACUAUAAGAGGACCGGUCGAGUCAUGAGAAUAUUCUAGUGAUUCUUCGUUUGGGGGAAAAACCCGAAUUUGUCUUUCAACUUGUUUUUUUGUUUCAGAUAAAUGUUUGUGUAUAUUAUCCCAAUAGUGAUGAUGGUAUCAUAACAAUAAACAUAAUUAUUGUUUUGUAAA